AUACCAUUCUCAGCGUUUCUAUUUGCCCAAACCAGAUUCAGAUGAGCACACAGAUGUACCCGGAAUGUAGCUCUGCUUAUUGUUUUAUUCAGCUUUUUUGCUUAUAAAUUUAUGAAUUACUUCAGUACCUAAUUUCUAUUGAAGUAUAUGACAUGAGUUGGCAACCUAAAUAUUUUCAGACUCGAUUUCAAUCAUCUAGCCAACUAUAAAUAUUCUAAAUAUCUCGAUAGUGAUAUCAUUGAGUUAACCAACUGCAGAGUGUUACGUUCACAAACCCGGAACAAGAAAAUAAACAAAUUAUAACUUGACAGGAUAUAUUGUAGGUACUUAAGGAUAAUAAGAAAAUGAAACUCUUCGCAGUCGCACUUGCUGCGUGCCUUAUUGCAUAUGCCAUCGCCCAAUCAGCACCAGCUGAGCCAUCCGCCGAGUAUUUGCCACCAGUCGGUGAUGAAUCGGCACCUCUUGCCGACGAUGGUUACCGUUAUAAAGCUGUGCGUCAUCUGAAAUACCGUCAUCGUCGUGGGGUACUAUCAGAGGAAUACCUUUCACCAGUAUUUGAACCCUCCUCCGAAUAUAUACCACCAGAGAGCGCUGAGUCUCGUGUAGCGAAAGAUGGUUAUAAAUACAAAACUGUCAGACGUUUCAAGGUACACCGUCAUCGUCGUGAGGCUCCUUCCGUUGAAUAUUUGCCACCAGUAGCCGAGCCCAGCGCUGAAUAUAUACCACCAGAGGGCGCUGAAACUCGUGUUGCUGACGAUGGUUACCGUUAUAAAACUGUACGUCGUUUGAGAUUCCGUACUCGUCACCGUCGUGAUAUCUCUGAAUUACCAUCUUCUGAAUACUUACCUCCAUUAGAAGUUGAGUUGGCACCAGAGUUGAAGACCGUUUUGAGCGAUGAUGGUUAUCGUUAUAAGAAUUUUCGACGUUUGAAGUACCGUCGUCAUCGUCGUGAAGCUGAAGCUGUUGAAGAAGUUGCCGCCGCUGAAAACGUUGAUGCCCCCAAUGGUGAAUACUUGCCACCUAGUAAUGAUAAUGCUGAGGUACCCGUGGUGAAGAGCGCUGAAUUGGAUCAGGAUGGUUACCGUUAUAAAACAAUGCGUCGCUUGAAGUACCGUAACCGUCAGUAGAUUUUAAAAACGUAAUGAACUCGCAUGUUAAAUGAUAGGUUUCAAGUAAAUGGUUGUGAUUGCGAAUAUAUGAUGUGUAAAUAUGAGAUAUGGAAUUUUAAAACGAAAUAGUCCCACGUGUGCUGAUGGCGCUUUACGAUUAGUUUGUUAUAUUAAGAAAUAAAUGCAAGAAUAAUAAAAUUUAUUCAAAUUAAA